CCACUGAACAGCCUCACACAAACUGAGACUCAUUUUCUCUCUCUAAAAGUACAGUAAGUCAUUGGCAAACGCUUGAAUUAACAAAUGAGAGCACAAAAUGUCAUUCCAGGCAGUCGGUUUUCUAUAGUUAAAUCAAUAUGCUGACUGUAUGAACUAUAGCAAUCACAUCUGGCUGACACUGAUAUUAUACACAGACGCAUAUGCCAGCAACGCGACAGCAUCGCAUACUCCUUUAAGAUGAUGUAAUUUUUGAUAACCCAUUGUGUUCUUUUUCCCGCCCGCUGAGGCAACAACAGCUGAGGCGGUUAUUUUCCCGCGCCACAGCCCUGAGAGCGAGCGAUGCUGCAUCAUCUUCACUUCUAAACCCCACCAACACACAAACCCUGGAUUAAUGUCAGAGGAUCACAGAGGGGAUUUACUUCUAAACAGCUGGGAUUAUCGAUCGACCCCCUUAGUGGCUAUAAAACAUGUGUUUUGAACUGUUUUCAAUUAUAUUCUUUUGAAACUAUUCAGUUUGGUCGUCAAAAGUUGGAUUCCAACCGCUGCCGAACUUGCGAAGGAAUAAGCAGCCGUGCCUAUCGCCGUGUCCAUCCGCUGCUGAGCAACCGAUCCUCCUUUGCGCGGAGCGACUCUCUGCUGUGCGCCUAUAGUUCCAGCUCGGAUACUCCGCCGUUCAUUCCCUCUUUUUGAUUUGUGUCAUCUGCGGUUAAGAGGUUGGUUUUUGUAACUGUAAGGUACCUGCUCCAAUUAGUCGGUUGAAAUGCUAUUUUUAUGGCCAUUUAAUGUUCAUGGUCCAUCGUCUGUAUUUUCUAAACGCUUCGUGAAGCUGUAGAGAGCGAACUUUCAAAAAUACGGAUAUUUUUUUGCCACCCAUGACCGAAACAAUGGCGUUAAGUGGAAACUCUAGAGCUAAAGACAGCAGUUUUCCAGACGUUAUUGAACUAAACGUCGGGGGCCAAGUGUAUUAUACUCGUCACGCCACGUUAAUCGGCAACCCCGGCUCCCUUUUAGGGAAAAUAUUCUCUACUAAAAAUAACGCAUCGAAUGAUCUGGCCAGGGAUCCCAAAGGUCGUUACUUCAUCGACCGGGAUGGGUUUUUAUUCAGAUAUGUGUUAGACUACCUCAGAGACAAGCAAGUUGUCCUCCCUGACCACUUCCCUGAGAAGGGAAGGCUGAGGAAAGAAGCGGAGUACUUUCAAUUGCCAGACUUGGUUAAACUCUUAACCCCGGACGACUUGAAGCCCAGUCCCGAUGAAUACAUCCACAGUGAUUACGAGGACGGCUCUCAAGGAAGCGACCAGCGGAUGUGCCCUCCACCGUCGCUCGUUCCCGCCGACAGAAAAAGCGGGUUCAUCACAGUCGGAUAUCGCGGGUCUUGUACGGUGGGCAGGGAGAGUCAAACCGAUGCCAAAUUCCGGAGGGUGCCGCGGAUUUUGAUUUGUGGGAGGAUUGCGCUGGCCAAAGAAGUUUUUGGCGAGACCCUGAACGAGAGCAGGGACCCAGACAGGACCCCUGACAGAUACACGUCCCGCUUUUACCUCAAGUUCAAGCACCUGGAGCGCUCUUUCGACAUGCUCUCGGAGUGCGGCUUCCAGAUGGUCGCGUGUAACUCGUCAGUGACGGCCUCGUUCGUCAACCAGCAUACUGACGACAAGAUAUGGUCAAGUUACACUGAGUACGUCUUUUACCGUGGCCCAUCUCGCUGGUCAUCUCCACCUUGCGACUGCUGCUGCAAGGGUCACAAAGGUGAAGGUGAAGGUGAGAGUGGAACCUCCUUUAACGAGCUCUCCACCUCCAGUUCAGAGAGCCAUUCUGAGGCCAGCUCUCCACAAGGUACCGUCAUCCGUGGCCCGGUCAGCCGACAGACGCACGUGCAAACGUUGGACAGGCCUCCCAAGAAAGGCCCCGUUCAGCAUCUCCUGCAGCAACAGCAGUCUGAGCAGCGUCGCAAGAGUGACCUUCUCCGGACGCUCACCGCAAGUUCCCGGGACACCAGCACCUGCAAGAAGCGGCCAGCGAAAGAAAAGUUGACUGUGGAAGAGGAGCUGGAGAAGUGCAUCCAGGACUUCCGCAAGAUCAAGAUUCCUGAGCGCUUUCCUGAGCGCAAGUACAUGUGGCAAGCCGACCUCCUGCGCAAAUACCGUCUUUGAGGGAUGGCGGUAACCUAAAAGCGCAAGCUAUAAUAGCGUACGUGUUCACUACUAAUACUACAACUACAAUUUCUAGUACAUACCACACUACUACUGCCUCUGACUUGUUGUCAAUAUCACUCGAUAACCCGAGCGACCACUGCAUCCGCUCGAACGCUAAUUGUUUACUUGUAAACACCUACAUUUUUGUAGAGUUCCAGAGAGAUGCAAGUGUUUUCGAAAGACGCACAACUACUAGUCUCUUUGGUUUCGGUCUCCCUUGCUGUGUUACACUUUGUGUGUAAUUGUGUUUGUUACAACUGAAUUUUUGACUUCUGUAUGUUAGUGCCACAGCUAUUGAGUUGAGGUGGCCCAGAGGUUGAAAGAUGAAUGUGUAUCCACCUCAUAAAUAAUGCAUGUGGUCCCAACUGUGCCCUUUCUAAGAAUAGCCACUGCCUUGGCGGAUGUGAGAGUGGGUUUCCAUUUGAACACCCUGAGAAGCACAGAAGACCAUGGAGCCAACCGUAUUUUCCCUUUUUCGGAUUCUCCACAUUCCAUUUUCAUACCUCAGCCAAGCUGCAAUCAAAGACCCCUCCACAUAUAGUCAUGGCAUAAAAGGGUUGUUGGUGGAAACCCAAUAACAUCACAUAAAGGCUUUAAAACUGCUGCCUGAAACAUAUUGAUUUAAAGAUGAUAUUCCAAACAGGAGUGGAUGAUGACUUACUCCUGAGGUCAAAGGUUAUAUAUGGAAAGUUCAGAAAAUCAUGACAAUAACAGGAAAGGGUUAGGGUUAUGUCCUGGAAAGAAAUCACAUAUUGAUCAACAUGAACAUAGUUUAGGGUUGUGCAAUCGUUUUGCUGAACACAGCUUUUACUGUACAUUCCAUCACUAAUAAUAGUGAGCGAAUAUGAGAAAUGGAAGUCUUCUGGUUGUAUGUUCUGUAAGGACCAUUACAUUUAAUGAGACCUAUGCAUAACUGAUGAUAAUUCAGUGGAAACAUAUUGGUGUAAGUAAUGAUUAAUAAUGAACAUCAUCCUUAAUAAACACACCAAUAAAGCUUAGAUAUAUUUUGUUUAAUUUAACUUUUAACAUUUUGCAAUGAUUUGCAAGGAUUUUCGAAACCAAUAUAAGCACUAUAAGUUGCUGCUACUGAAUUUAUGAAAUCUGAAAACUAUUCUAGACAGACCUCAGUAUAAGGAGAAUGGAUUAAUAAUUACAAUAUUUAAAUAAAAACUAAAAUAAUAAUAUCAAUGCCACAUAUUUAUUUUCAAACUGUUAAAUUACAAUAGACAACUAUGGAAGUGAAAAAUGUUCCUCUUCCUCAUUCAGUAUCACCUAUUUCCCUUUUCACUAAUUUUCUAUAUUUUAUACCUUAACUAAGUAUGAUGAACAGCCUUAAACUGAGUUUACCUUAAUGUUACACAACUGAUUACAAAAAUGUGACUAGAUGUUCAAAGAGAGGCACACGUUUAUUCAGUACAUCACAUCUUCACAGAUUUUAUGUAUAAUAUGUGGACCUUUUGAUUUGUAUUUGCAUUCUGUGUACUGAGGCAUCUACUGUAAAAAAAAAAAA